GUAGGGGCGCGAGAGCGCUUUAUUUUGGCUGAGAGGGCGGCUACUAGAUUUGGGUUAAAAGCCUCGAAGGAAGAGGGGAAGGAAAGCUUGGGGGCGGUUGAGGGGAACCGGGCUGAGAAUGAGAUGAAGAGGAUUAAGGGGAGAAAGGGUUAGAAGCCAGGGAGAGGAGUGAAGCCAGCCAAGGAGGUAGGAAAGAGGCAAAAAUCAGGUUGGGCGUUAAGGGAAGCCGGGCAGGGAAUGAGGUUAGGAAAACCAGGGUUUGGAAGAGGGAUCCUGGGGUUAGGUGUGAAGAGCUGGGGUUUGAAGGGAAAGCUUUGUAGGGGAUGGUGUUGGGGUAAGGGGUACUGGGUAAGAGUUGGAAGUGGAAGACGAGGAGAGGCAGAGCUGGGGUAAUAGUUGGGAGGAGAGAGGAGUGAUUAAGAGCCAGACGUGACAAGGGUGUGAACUAGUGCAGAGCGAGAUGAGCUGAAGGACUAGAACCAGCGAUGUGGUGGGAACUGCUUUUGAGGUUCUGAGAAGGGUAUGGGUUAGGUGGGCAGUGGGUGUGAAUUCCUGCAAAGUGAGGAAGAGCGAAUGAGAACCUGGACUAGAACCAGGGAUAGUCAGGAAUAAGAGUAUGGUGGAAGGGCAAAGGGAAACAAAUGAGAGAUGGGUGUUUAUGGGACAACUCCGGGACCAAAAAAGCUGAAAGGUGACUAGAGUAAGGGUGUAAGAAGUGUUUGUGUCUGGGGCAAGGGUAACUAGGGGAUUAUGUUAAUUGAAGAGGUUCAACAAGAUCCGAGGUGAAAACGGUUGAGGUAAAGAGACAGAGCUACAAGCAAAUGGGGAGGAACAAGGAAGAGAUGGUCCCCAGGAUUUAGAAUGAGAUGGGGCAUAAGGGAAGAAGAGGAGGCUAGGGGAAACUGGGAGAGUCCUGAUCAAUGUAGAGCUGGGAUAGAUGCACAGGGGAAUCAAAUGUGCAUAUCGUGGGGAGAUGCUCCAGAAGGUUUGCAAGGAUCAGGGCACAGGUGCCAUAGUGAAGGAUCAAGUGUAGGGAGCUUUUCGUGCAGAAGAAGAGGAACUAUGAUUCUUUGGAUGGGAAGAGACCUUGAAAGGACCUCUAGUUUAUCCUGCAACUUCAGUCAAUAUCCCACUUAAAUCAUUCCAGUUAAUAGAGAAGAGGAAACCUAACCAGUGACUGUGGAAUAAUAUGGAAGAAGAUGGAAAAAACCUAUUUAAUGGGUUAAGAAAGUGGCGACUUCUAUAAGACAUGGAUAGAUGCAAACAUGUAGGGCGGUUACGGCUCGCCCAGGACCACUCCAUCCUGAACCCUCAGAAGUGGUGCUGCAUGGAGUGCACCACCACCGAGUCUGUGUGGGCUUGUCUCAAGUGCUCCCACGUGGCUUGCGGCCGCUACAUUGAGGACCACGCACUGAAACACUUUGAAGCGACUGGACACCCGCUAGCCAUGGAAGUCCGGGAUCUCUAUGUGUUCUGUUACCUGUGCAAGGAUUACGUGCUCAAUGAUAACCCCGAGGGGGACCUGAAGCUGCUGAGAAGCUCCCUCCUGGCAGUCCGUGGCAAGAAGGAGGACCAGCUAAUGAGACAUGGGCGGACGCUAAGGUCCAUGGCUUCGGGUGAGGACGUGGUCCCGCAGCAGCGUGCUCCUCAGGGACAGCCGCAGAUGCUCACUGCGCUGUGGUACCGCCGCCAGCGCCUGCUGGCCAAGACACUGCGGCUGUGGUUCGAGAAGAGCUCCCGGGGCCGAGCCAAGCUGCAGCAACAGCGGCAGGAGGAGGCACUGGAGCGCAAGAAGGAAGCCGCGCGGGAGCGGCGGCGCGAGGUGAAACGGCGGCUGCUGGAGGAGCUGGCCAGCGCCCCUCCGCGCAAAAGCGCGCGGCUGCUCCCGCACACGCCCCGGGACGCGGGCCUGGCCGCCGAGCGCCCUACCACCCUGCCUACCUCACGCAGAGCGCCCCCGGCCGCACUCAAGCCCCGCCGCCAGCCGGCCGUGGCCCCGGGCGUCACUGGCCUGCGCAAUCUGGGCAACACCUGCUACAUGAACUCCAUCCUCCAGGUGCUCAGCCACCUCCAAAAGUUCCGAGAAUGUUUCCUGAACCUUGACCCUUCCCAAACGGAAUAUUUGUUUCCCAAAGCCGCCAAUGGGAAGCCUCAGCUUUCUGGCAGGCUGGCCAGUUCCUCGGCCACGGAGCUGAACUCGAGGAGCGACAGGGCCGAGGCAUGCGAGCGGGAGGGCCUUUGCAGGAACGGUGGGGCCUCUGUUACACGGAGUCUAGAGCUCAUCCAGAAUAAGGAGCCGAGCUCCAAGCACAUUUCCCUCUGCCGGGAACUCCACACCCUCUUUCGAGUCAUGUGGUCUGGGAAGUGGGCCCUCGUGUCGCCCUUCGCCAUGCUUCACUCCGUCUGGAGCCUGAUCCCUGCCUUCCGUGGCUACGACCAACAGGAUGCGCAGGAAUUUCUCUGCGAACUACUGCACAAAGUGCAGCAGGAACUUGAAUCAGAGGGCACCACGCGCCGCAUCCUCAUCCCCUUCUCCCAGAGAAAGCUCACCAAACAGGUUUUAAAGGUGGUAAAUACCAUUUUUCAUGGGCAGCUGCUUAGUCAGGUCACAUGUGUAUCAUGCAAUUACAAAUCCAAUACCAUUGAGCCCUUUUGGGAUCUGUCCCUGGAAUUCCCGGAACGCUAUCACUGCAUAGAAAAGGGGUUUGUCCCUUUGAAUCAGACCGAGUGCCUGCUCACUGAGAUGCUGGCCAAGUUCACAGAGACAGAAGCUCUAGAAGGGAGAAUCUACGCUUGUGACCAGUGUAACAGCAAACGACGAAAAUCCAAUCCAAAACCCCUUGUUCUGACUGAAGCUAGAAAACAGUUAAUAAUCUACAGACUACCUCAGGUCCUCCGGCUGCACCUUAAAAGAUUCAGGUGGUCUGGCCGUAAUCAUCGAGAGAAGAUUGGGGUCCAUGUCGUCUUUGACCAGGUAUUAAGCAUGGAACCUUACUGCUGCAGGGACAUGCUCUCCUCUCUUGACAAAGAGACCUUUGCCUAUGAUCUCUCCGCAGUGGUCAUGCAUCACGGGAAAGGGUUUGGCUCAGGACACUACACAGCCUAUUGCUACAACACAGAGGGAGGUUUUUGGGUCCACUGCAAUGACUCAAAGCUGAAUGUAUGCAGUGUCGAGGAAGUGUGCAAAACCCAGGCCUACAUCCUUUUUUACACUCAAAGAACAGUGCAGGGCAAUGCAAGAAUCUCAGAAACCCAACUCCAAGCUCAGGUGCAGUCCAGCAACAACGAUGAAGGCAGACCACAGACAUUCCCCUGAAUGGGAGGCAUGUAUCAAAGACUGGCUUGCUUUUAAACUAUUGGUGUCCAUACAUCUUUCCUCUUGUAGGAAAUAAGGCUUACUGCAGGAACAGAUUACUGGCUUUACCUCACUGGGUCUAGAGUAGAAGGUGCUGAGUAAUUCAUGUACUACUAUAAAUUUUAUAGUUACUUUCUCUUGAACGGAUUUGGAAAUUCCCUCUUUUCAUAAAAACAAAUCAAAAGGAAUAACUUCUGUGAAGAUUCUUUCAUCAGUUGUUUUUGAAUCUAGAGGGAUCUGGGUAAAGGAAAGAGGAUAGAUUGAUCAUAUCCAUGCAGGAGAGCAGCCCUGUUUUCUCUCCAUUUUGUGAUUCUCCUGCUAAUCAGGACCUCCUUAAAGCACCAGAAGAACCCAUCCUAUGUGAGCAGCCCUGGACAGAGCACAUGAGGAAGGGCCCUGGGCUGGCAGCUUGCUGGAUGGUAUUGGUUCCCAGGUGGGAGAUAAAAGUAUAAGGAUUUAUUCCCACAAAGGAAAUAACCCUUAAAGGCUGAAAACAUGCUUGCUUCCUUUUGCAGGGGCUAGCAGUUGAAGAGUAGAGUGAGAUCCAUGGAGCAAAUUGCCCCAUGCAAAAUGGGUGGGUUUUCAUACAUCAUACCCUCCCUGACUGCUGCUGUAAUUUAAUCACUCCACACUUCUGAGACUGGCAUGAAUUCUCCUUCAUUCUAAAAAUGGGGCGGUUCGUACAAGGAAGCCGUAGACUAGAAUAUAUUCUUUGCUGCAUGCAGAGCCUAAGGGCACUCCUGGCUAUCCCAGUUCUUUAGCAGGUUCCUGGUUCAGGUCUAGGGUAUGCACAUAGUUUGGUUUAAAUUGCUCCUUAAUCAGCUGUCUGAAGCUUUCUAGAACUCAGUUGAAGGUGGGCAGGGAUAGCUGGUGGUCCAGGGCUUAUUUGAAUGUACAUCACCUGUUCUCACCUUGGUAUAGCAUGCAGCUUCUUAGCCUACAGCUUCUUUCCUGCUCCUGGAGAAUAGAAUGUCCACGUUCACAUUUGGUAGCUUUUGCUUUUCUAGGGUAUGGGAACUCCUUAGGAAUCUAUCCCCUACAUAUUUGAACAAUUUAUUGUUGAUGGCUGUGGCUUAUUUCCUCCCAGAUCUGUUAAUCUCUACCCUUGCUUUACCCUUCUAUACUGAAUCCAUUACAGAAAAAAAGCAAGAGUGCCCUGUCCUAGGUGGCGCCUGUGGCUCAGUGAGUAGGGCGCUGGCCCCAUAUACUGAGGGUGGCGGGUUCAAACCCAGCCCUGGCCAAACUGCAACAAAAAAAUAACCAGGCGUUGUGGCAGGUGCCUGUAGUCCCAGCUGCUCGGGAGGCUGAGGCAAGAGAAUCGCGUAAGCCCAAGAGCUGGAGGUUGCUGUGAGUCCUGUGACAUCAUGGCACUCUACCGAGGGCGGUAAAGUGAGACUCUGUCUCUACCAAAAAAAAAAAAAAAAAAAAAGGAGUGCCCUGUCCUUUACUCCAGUGCAAGUAAAAUACAUUUUCUUUUUAAAUUGGGUCAGUUUCUAAAUAGAACGAAAUUGCUCACAUAAAAACCCUGUUUCCCCAUCAGACACCAUUGAGUUUCCAUUCUUUUUUUUUUUUUAAGUAGACACUGUCCCUAAGGAUGAGUUGCCCUUCUUAAUCCUUCACUUAGACUCACCUGUGAAAGUGAAUGCAAGCCCUAACUCUUGUUGUUAUGGUUGCUGCAGUGAGCCUCAACCUGUCACUAAUAAUGCUCAUCUUUUGACUGAGUAUAUCAUAUUAAUGUUUGAAUUCAGGUAGAAGUAUAUUUGUCACUUGAAGGGAGUAGAUGUGGAAGGGAGUUUGGGGAGGGGUGGGAAGUGGGGAAAGUGAGGCUAAAGAAUGAGGGUUAUAGCUUUAGCAAUGUUGAUGAGCCACAUUUCCCGAACAGAUCUGUACCAUUUGCUGUUGACCUCUUCUGAGAUGAACUCUCCCAUAGGACCCACCAGGCAGCACUGAGACAUGGAGGAAAUUCAGACAAAAAUGGCUCACCCUGAUAGGGAAGGAGUUGACUAUAAUUUAAAUUAAACUUGCUUUUUCCAACACUGUGAGGUUUCUGUAAUAUUUAGCUUUUAUUUGGAAGCGAUAGCGUAUGGCAUUUUUUAUGCUGUUUAUUUUAUAUUGUCUACUGCAGGCUUUUUUGUAUAAGCUUUGCCUGGGUUCACCCUCUCCUGGACACUGUUUUAAAGUGUCACAGCUGCCCAUGUUGCCAGAGGCUCUGAUGUGAAGCUGUACUCUUGAGAUCCACAUUUAUAAGUCAGCAUGAUUGGUAAUGACUUUUUGUGGUAAUAGAAAAGCCCCAUAACUAAAAAAAAAAACAAGGAGAGUAAAAAGGAAAAGAAACUUAUGAAUUGUGCCUCAUCUUUCAUUGAACCCUAUAUUUAUUAUUCUAAAAAAAGAGAACUUACAAGAUGGGAAAGAGCUCUAGAGAGCAUCCCCUUCACCCCUCAGAUUGUCUGGGGGGGGGAAUACUUGAAUACUUAUUAAUAAAAACUUAAUGGAAAA